AGAAGAAGAAGAAGGAGAAGAAGAAGAAGAUCAGCAGCAUACACAGAAGGGUCAAAGGUUACUGAUAUGGCCUGUGAUUGACAGCUGUCAUUCAUCAGAUCUGAACCAAUCAAGAGACAGGAAACAACCUUCAUCAUGGAGGAGUGAGAGAGAGGACCAGCGGCCAUGAUGUCUUCCAUCAGAAGCCUGAACCUGCUGCACCUCCUGCUGGGUGUGUUUCUGGUUCAUCCUGAAGGGGGCGUCUGUCUGGAGCUGCUCCCAUCAGCCUCUGAAGUUCUGCUGGUCUCUAACUCCAACUUCACUGUGGUGUGCUCAGGGUGGAGUCAGGUGACAUGGCGUUUACCUGGGGACACUCUGGUAGACGGGGUUGCCGUGGCGACCCGGGGUUCCAGCAGCAUCCUGCAGCUCAGUAACGCCACCUGGAGGAAUUCUGGAAGAUACACCUGUGAGGAGACCUCUUCCCAUCAGAGCAGACACGUGGACGUGUUCAUACCUGGACAAGGUCCAGAUGAAUGGUUUGUCCCGGUGGGUACAGGUGUGGUAAUGAAGGAGGUGGAGGAAGUUACCCUCCCCUGUGUCGUGUCCGACCCCCAGCUCAGCGUCUUGUUGUUGGAACGUCCCAGCAGGACGCCAGUCACUGGGAUGUACGAGCCGGGCCGGGGCUUCACUGGUCGCCUGAACGACACUUCAUACGUGUGCUUGGCUGCCCACGGAGGAGAGGAGAGAGAGUCCCAGGUGUACUACGUCUUCAGCAUUGUAGUGCCUCAGGUGAUGGAGGUGGACCUGUCUGUCUCCAGCAGUGUGUUGAAACAGGGGGAGGUUCUCAUAGUCAACUGUACAGUUCAAGAUUUAGAGAACGUGUAUUUCUCCUGGACCUUCCCCCGCAGACAGGAAGUUGAACCUCUUACGGACUUUCUGCCCAAUCAGAUUCGCUCCUUCGUUAACAUCUCCUCAACAACAGUGGCAGACUCAGGUGUGUAUGAGUGUGAAGUUCAGGAGAGGACACGAGAUCAAAGAGUGACGAAGAAUAUCACAGUCACUGUACUGGAGCGAGGUUAUGUCUACCUGUGGCCGUCAGGUGACACCAGCGUGUCUUCUCUCCUCCACCACACGGUGGCGCUCAAUGUGGAAAUCGAUGCUUACCCGACUCCAACUGUCAUCUGGACCAGAGACAACCAGACUGUUGCCAUGGAAACCACCUCCAUUACAACCACACACCUGACAGGCUGCAGGUAUGAGACCACACUAACGCUGGUUCGAGUCCGGAUGGAUCAGACAGGAAGUUAUACAGCAACUGUUUCCAAUGACGACGCCAUCCAGGAGUUCGUCUUCAACCUCGAGGUCAAAGCACCCCCCAGGAUCACGUCUCUGUCAGAGGUCAGCAGUAAGGCAGUGUUGUGUGUCAGCGAGGGAGCUCCGCCCCCUUCUGUCACUUGGUAUAUAUGUAACAACUCACACAGAUGCAGUAAUGUGACAGGGGGCUGGAAGAGCCUAUCAGCAGCCUCGGAGGGCGUGUCCCUUCAGGAGAACGUCAGUGAGGUGGAAAGAGGAGUCACCCAGGUUCACAGUGAGUUGACUCUACAGGCUCUCACCUCUCUGUCAGCUGUUCGAUGUGAAGCAAAGAACUCGGCAGGACGACGGGUCCGAGACCUGAGAGUCCUGUCGCCCUCUCUCCUGUCUCAGGUUGCUGUAUUAGCAGCAGUUCUGGUUUUGGUCAUCAUCGCUGUCUUCUUCCUCAUCGUUCUCAUCGUCCUCUGGAGAAAGAAGCCUCGGUAUGAAGCUGGUUGGAAGCUGAUCGAGUCUGCGAGUCCUGACGGACAGCGGCACACCUACCGUGACUCCUCCCACCUGCCCUACAACGCUCUCUGGGAAAUACCACGAGAAAACAUUGUACUAGGUCAGGUGUUGGGUUCAGGGGCGUUCGGUCGAGUCGUUGAAGGAAAAGUUUCUGAUUUGAUUGAUUCUAAUUCUACGACAAAAGCAGCUGUGAAGAUGCUCAAGAAAAACAGUGGAGCAGCUCAGUCUUUGAUGUCCGAGUUGAAGCUUCUGGUUCAUCUCGGUCCUCACAUGAACAUUGUCAACCCGCUGGGAGCGUGCACGAGAGGAAGACCUGUCUAUCUGAUCACUGAGUUCUGUCGUCAUGGAGACUUGGUUAACUUCCUGCAGAGAAACAAGCACAACUUCUUGCUAAGUGACCAACACAACAAGAGUGACAGUGAUGGAGGUUAUAUGGACAUGACUAAAGAGAGAGGGAGCGACGCCCACAUCGAACUGGCGCCCGACGAGUCGCCGCACGCAGCACCAGACCAGCAGGAGGCGUCCUCUCUCCUAAGCCUCAAUGACCUCCUGAGCUUCUCUUACCAGAUCUCUCAAGCCAUGGACUUCCUCUCCACCAGAAACUGCGUCCACAGGGACCUGGCGGCUAGGAACGUCCUGGUGUGUGAGGGAAAGCUGGUGAAGGUCUGUGACUUUGGUUUGGCGCGGGACCCGAUGAAGGACCAAGACUACAUCGCCAGAGGAAACAGCUUCCUGCCGCUCAAGUGGAUGUCUCCAGAGAGCAUCUUCCAGAGCAUCUACAGCUGCCAGAGCGACGUGUGGUCCUACGGAGUCUUACUGUGGGAGAUCUUCUCUCUGGGUGCGCGCCCGUACCCCGACCUCCCCGUGAGCCACGAGUUCUGCUCUGCUCUGAAGAGAGGAACCAGGAUGAGCCGACCUGAACACGCUCCGCAGCACAUCUUCCAGCUGAUGACACGUUGCUGGGAGGCGGAGCCUCAGCUUAGACCAUCCUUCUCUUCUCUCAUCGUCUCCAUUGGAAACUUGUUGUCUGAAGAACACAACAAGCGUUACAUCCGGCUCACAGAGGACUUCCUGAAAGAUCCAGCUGUUGUUCGAUCAAGACAGAGUCCAAUCAGAUCGGCUGAGGACCAGGCAGACACACAAGGAAGCCCCGCCCUUCCUGUGAAACGUCACAUGUCAGAAGCGGGGCUGGAGGAGGCGGAGCCGGAGGAGGCGGGCCCCUCCCACGGUACCUACAUCAUCCCCAUCUCUGACAUCACCAUAGAAACAAGUGGCAGCACUGCGCUGGACGCAGACAGCCUCCAUCUCUCAGAUACACCACAACCACAGGAAGUGACAUCAUCAGAGGGUAAACAGGAAGAGGAGGAGAGCUGCCUGUGAGACUUCUGAUGCCUGACAGACAGAGCAGAGGGUUAAAAACCACCUUCUCUCCCAGAUGUUUUACCAGAUGUUCUUUCUGCAUCUGGAACUGUUUCUUUUAUUCUGGAUGUUUGUUCUGCUCAGAUUUGUAUUAUACAACAGUUUGAUCCUCGGCUCUGCUGUCAGUCAAACUGUCUCUGUAGGUGAUUGGUCAUUUGUAGUAAAGCCCGCCCCUUUUAUGUGCAUGCGCUCAUAUCUGGAGGAAAACCUGAGAUCAUUUAAGUAGUUGCUAACGAGCGUCAUGUGACCGUAUAUCCAGACUGUUUGUCGGGUGAAGUCGAGCCGCGUAACGUAAAGUCGUCCUGGAUUUGUAUAACACGCUUCGUAGAACAGGCGCCUGGAGUUCAUCAGGUCCUGGAUCAGAUCUGAACUUGUUGUAUUCUUCAAUUAUCCUGUGUCAAGUUUUCCUAUUAACUAAAUAUUUUAAUUAAACAAGAAGAAACAAA